GGGUGCCUAUAGGCCCCUCCGGGCACGUAUGGGGCCGGUGGGCGGGCGGACCCUGGCGGACCCCCGGCGCCUGCGGCGCUGGAAUCUGCCCCCGCCCCCGGCCUAAUCCCGGUGACACUUUAACCAAAAGAGCCGCUUUUCGCCUUAUAUAACGGGGCCAGCGGCCGGGGGGACCCCGGGGACGGGGACGUCACCCCGCAGAGCCCAGCAGUGUCCCUGUGUCCAGCGGUGUCCCCGCGGGUGCUGGUGUCCCCGCACCCCCCCCCCCACGAUGCCAUUCGGGGCGGUGCUGGCACAAGUCGGGGGGCUGGGACGCUUCCAGGUCCUACAGACAGUGCUGCUGUCGGUGCCCAUCCUGCUCAUGGCCAGCCACAACCUCCUGCAGAACUUCACCGCCGCCGUCCCCCCGCACCGCUGCCGCAUCCCCAGCACCACCCCUGCUGCCAUCCAUGGUCCCGGUGCCACCCUCGGCCUCCCCAGUGCCACACCGGGGCCGCCCAGUGCCACCAUCAGGUCUCCUGAUGGCACCUUGAGGUCCUCCAACGCCAUCCCAAGGUCCCCUGAUGGCACCUCAAGGUCCUCCAAUGGCACUUUGAGGUCCUCCAACACCAUCCUGAGGUCCCCAGAUGGUACCAUGGGGUCUCUCGAUGGCACCCAUGUCUCCAGUGCCACCGAUGUCACACUUGAUGGCACUCCGGAGUCCCCCAAUGGCACCCGUGUUCCUCCUGAGGCCACCCUUGGGUCUUCUAAUGACACCCUGGGACCUUCUGAGGCCACCCUGGGGUCCUGCUGGCGCUACGUGGCCUCGGCCCCACCCAACGGCAGCAGCGGCCCCCGGCCCACCGAGCCCUGCCAUGACGGCUGGGACUACGACCUCAGCAUCUACGUGGCCACCAUCGUCACUGAGUGGGACCUGGUCUGCAGCUACCGGCAGCUCCGGCAGAUGGCCCAAUCCAUCUACAUGGCUGGUGUCCUGGUGGGAGCCCUGGUCCUGGGGGGCCUCUCGGACAAGUUUGGGCGCAAGGCCAUGCUGAUGUGGUCCUACCUGCAGCUGGGGGUGAUGGGGACGUGCACGGCCUUCGCCCCCAACUACGUGUCCUACUGUGUCUUCCGCUUCACCGGAGGCAUGGCCCUCUCCGGCUUCGGCCUUAGCAUCGCCUGCUUGGUGGUGGAGUGGAUCCCCACGCCCUACCGUGCCAUCACCGUGGCCAUCACCGGCUUUGCCUACACCCUGGGCCAGAUCCUGCUGGCCGGCCUGGCCUACGCAGUCCCCCACUGGCGCUGGCUCCAGCUCACCGUCUCCCUGCCCUUCUUUGUCUUCCUCCUCUACUCCUGGUGGCUGGCUGAGUCCGCUCGUUGGCUGGUGCUCUCCGGGAAGGCUGAGAGGGCCGUGAAGGUCCUACAGCGGGUGGCCAGGAUCAAUAAGAAGAAGGAGGAAGGGGAGAAGAUCACGGUGGAGAACCUGAGGUCCAACAUGAAGGAGGAGUUGGCUGGUCUGAAGUCCUCCUACACCAUCUCCGACCUGGUUCGGACCCCGGUCAUCCGCCAUAUCUUCUUCUGCCUCUCCAUUGUCUGGUUCUCCAUCAGUUUCUCAUACUACGGGCUGGCCAUGGAUCUGCAGAACUUUGGCGUCAGCAUUUACCUCAUCCAGGUGAUUUUCGGUGCUGUCGACUUCCCAGCCAAAGUGGUGGUGACCGUCUCCCUCAGCUACAUCGGCCGGCGGGUGUCCCUCAUGGUGGCCCUCUUCUUCGCAGGGCUGGUCAUCAUUGCCAACAUCUUUGUCCCCACAGAGCUGCAGACAGUGCGCACGGCGCUGGCCGUCAUCGGCAAGGGCUGCCUCUCCGCCUCCUUCAACUGCGUCUUCCUCUACACCACCGAGCUUUAUCCUACUCCCAUCAGGCAGACCGGGUUGGGCUUCGGCAGCACCAUGGCACGGGUGGGCGGCAUCGUGGCGCCACUGGUGAAGAUGAUGGAUGAGUACUACCCGUUCCUGCCCCCCGCCGUCUAUGGGGUGGCCCCUGUGGUGGCAGCCGUGGCGGCUGGCUUCCUGCCAGAGACCCUCAACACACCGCUGCCCGACACCAUCGAGGAGGUGGAGAGCAGGGCCAAGCAGAAGAAGACAGCCAACCUCAAAGAGAAGAUCCCCCUGCAGUCCCAGGACAAGGCCCCACCGAAGGAGCCCUGAAGGACCUGGAUGGGGGCAGCGCUCCUGGCGGGUUCUUGCAGCCCUGGUUUGGGGAUGGGCUUGAAUUCACUGCGUGCCCCACAUCAGGUGGCUUCCCCAUGUGGGGCAGGGGAAGUCCUCAGAGGAAUAAAGGAGCUCUGCCAGGGGA